AUGCAAGUUCAACGUUACACUACUGCAGCACCACCGCUACCAAAUCCCGCUAAACCCUAUAUUAGGUGCAAAAUUAUCAUCAGCCCAUCCAAAAAAUCACUUCCCAAGAGGUUAAUAUCGGCGCCCGCGCCACCGCCACCACCGGUUCAACCAUCGCCACCCCUGCCUCUGCCUAAAAUUUGCCCUGAACCGGUAGUUAUUCCACCUCCAAAACUGAACCGGCUUCAAAAACUCACAGCUAAGGCGUUAGAUGUUGUGGAAAGCUCAAUUAUAAACGAGCUAGAAAAGAAACACACGCUGAACCGGACUGUUGACCCGGCGGUUCAACUCCAAGGGAACUUCGCUCCGGUCGAAGAAUGCCCGGUUCAGCACGGGCUCGAGGUGGUGGGCAAAAUCCCGCCUUGCUUAAACGGAGUCUACGUCCGGAACGGGGCCAACCCGUUUUUACCUCCGGUCAACGGCCACAACCUAUUCGACGGCGACGGAAUGAUUCACGCCGUCACGUUACGGCCGGGGAAUGACGUCAGCUAUGCAUGUCGCUUCACGCGGACAAACCGGUUAAUCCAAGAAGCUGUGCUAGGAAAACCAGUUUUUCCCAAGCCAAUCGGUGAGUUGCAUGGCUUCUUGGGUUUGGCUCGGCUUGCUCUGUUCUCGGCUCGAGCUGCCAUAGGCGUGGUGGACAGCUCACUGGGUACUGGCGUAGCCAAUGCCGGCUUGGUUUAUUUCAAUGGGCGGCUCCUAGCCAUGUCGGAGGAUGAUUUACCGUACCGUGUCCAUAUCACGGAUGACGGCGAUCUCGAGACAAUCGGACGGUUCGAUUUCAGUGGGGAACUUGAUGAUCCGGUGAUUGCACAUCCAAAACUGGACCCAGCCACAAGUGACCUUUAUACGCUGAGCUACAACGUUGUAAAGAAGCCACACCUAAAAUUCUUUAAGUUUGACAAAUCGGGCCACAUGUCACGUGUCGUUUCGAUCACUCUAAAGCAGCCUACCAUGAUUCAUGACUUUGCCGUCACGGAAAAUCACGUGAUCAUUCCGGAUCAACAAGUGGUAUUCAAGUUAUCCGAAAUGAUCCGAGGAGGGUCGCCCUUGGUGUAUGACCCGAAGAAAAUUUCCCGAUUCGGCGUCUUGCCGAAAGAUGCCAUUGACGAAUCAAGUAUGAGAUGGAUUAAUGUUCCCGAGUGUUUUUGUUUCCAUUUAUGGAACGCGUGGGAGGAUCAUAAUGGAAAUGGCGACAAAAAAAUUGUGGUAAUCGGGUCGCGUAUAACUCCGGCAGAUUUUAUAUUUAAUGAGCGUGGCGAUCAAAUCAGGACCGAAUUGAUAGAAAUCCGAUUGAAUAUGUCAACGGGCGAAUCAACCCAACGGGUCAUUGUAUCCGGGUUGAACCUAGAGGCAGGACAAGUAAACAAGAGGAAACUUGGCCGGAAAACAAGGUUUGCAUAUUUGGCUAUAGCCGAGCCAUGGCCUAAAUGUAGUGGCAUAGCAAAAGUUGAUUUGGUCACUGGAGAUGUGACAAAAUUUAUUUAUGGAAACGAAAGAUUUGGAGGCGAACCGUAUUUUGUGCCCGGAAAAGAAGACGAGGAGGAAGAUGAAGGAUACAUUAUGAGUUUUGUAAGAGAUGAAGGGAGAGGAGAUUCUGAACUAGUGAUAAUUAAGGCCUCAAAUAUGAAGCAAGUUGCACUAGUUAAAUUGCCCUCUAGAGUGCCUUAUGGUUUUCAUGGCACAUUUGUUAAUUCAGAAGAACUUUGCAAGCAAAAAACUUCUUGA